AUGGAGAUCAGGGACGGCGUCGCCCUGAUCUCCAUGAGCAACCCGCCCGUGAACGCGCUCGCCAUUCCCGUGCUCGAGGGCAUCGAGGCCCAGGUCAAGGCCGCGCAGGCCGACUCCGGAGUCCGCGCCAUCGUCAUCACGGGCUCCCGCGGCAAGUUCUCCGGAGGCUUCGACAUCACUCAGCUCAAGGCGCGCACCGAAGGCAAGCCCGUCCGGAACAUGUCCGACUUUAACGGCGUCCUCAACUCCAUCGUCGAGGCCGGACCCAAGCCCACCGUCGCCGCGAUCGAGAACCUCGCCCUGGGCGGAGGUCUCGAGGUCGCCAUGGCGUGCAACGCGCGCGUCGCGACCCCAAAGGCGCAGCUGGGAUUGCCCGAGCUGCAGCUGGGAGUCAUCCCGGGGUUCGGCGGCACGCAGCGCCUGCCCAGACUCGUGGGCCUACCCAAGGCGCUGGAAAUGAUGCUCAAGUCCAAGCCCGUCAAGGCGGAGGAGGCGCUCAAGCUCGGGCUCGUCGACGCCAUCGUCCCGGCCGAUCAGCUCAUCGCCAAGGCGACACAGCUGGCGAAGGACAUCGCGGACAAGAGGAUCCCCCGAAAGAUGGCGUCCUUCGACUCGGCGAAGCUUCCCGCCGACGAGGCGAUGGCGAAGAAGGUAUUCGCGGGCGCCAGGCGCCAGGCCAAGCGCGUGAAGCACCUGAUGCCCCACCCUUGGCUCUGCCUCGACGCCGUGGAGACGGGCGUCACGAAGGGCUCCGUCGCGGGUCUCGCGUCGGAGCAGGACGCGUUUGCAAAGGCGGUGUCGUCGCGAGCGUGCAAGGGACUGGUCCACUUUUUCUUCGCCUCGCGCUCCACCGCCGCCGUUCCCGGGGUCACGGACGUUGGUCUCAAGCCCAGGGCCACGAAGUGCGUCGCGGUCGUUGGCGGAGGGUUGAUGGGCAGCGGCAUCGCCACCGCGUGCGCGCUCAGCGGCGUGAGGGUGCUGCUGAAGGAGAUCAACCAGAAGUUUCUGGACGCGGGCAUGGCGAGGGUCAGGGCUAACCUCGCGUCCAACGUCAAGAAGGGACGGAUGACGUCGCAAAAGGCGGACGCCAUCUAUUCCCUGUGCACGCCGUGCCUCACGUACGAUAAGUUCAAGGAGGCGGACAUGGUCAUCGAGGCGGUGAUCGAGAACCUGGACCUGAAGCAGAAGAUCUUUGCCGACUUGGAGCGAAGCUGCAGAUCGGACUGCAUCCUCAGCACCAACACCAGCACCAUCGACAUCACCAAGGUGGCGUCUAAGAUGCGAAACCCCGAGCGGAUCCUCGGCGCUCACUUCUUCUCCCCGGCGCACGUCAUGCAGCUCUUCGAGAUCAUCCGCACCGACGCCACCCCGCCCCAGGUGUUGGUGGACGCGCUGGGACUCUCCAAGCAGAUCAAGAAGACGCCCGUCGUCGUCGGUAAUUGCACCGGGUUCGCCGUCAACCGCGUGUUCUUCCCGUACACCAUGUCGGCGUGCCUCCUCGUCGACCUCGGCCUGGAUCCGUACGCCAUCGACAACGCGAUUCGCGCCUUUGGCAUGCCAAUGGGCCCGUUCCGACUGGGCGACCUCGUGGGCCACGACGUGGGCGUUCACGUCGGACAGAACUUUAUCGACGAUUUCCCCUUAAGGGUGUACGAGUCUAAACUCAUCCCGGGUCUGAUGAAGUCCGGACGCAUGGGCGAAAAGAGCGGCAAGGGUUUCUACGUCUACGACGCCAAACGAGCCGCCACGCCCGACCCCGAGGGCAUCGCGGCGCUGCUUCACGCGUCGAGAGCCGCCGCGUCGGGCCGGUUCAAGCGAUCCACGUCCGGCGAGUUACUGGCGAUGACCGCCGACGACAUCGCCGAGAUGAUAUUCUUCCCCGUCGUCAACGAGGCGUGCAGGUGCCUGGCGGAGGGCGUCGUCGUUCGAGCGAGUGACCUCGACGUCGCGUCCAUCCUCGGCAUGGGCUUUCCCCCGUUUAGGGGCGGCGUCGUGCACUGGGCGGACCAGGUGGGCGCCGGGCGCAUCGCGGCGCGGCUUCGGGAGUGGUGCACGGCGUACGGCGGGAUCUACCAGCCGUGCCCGUACCUCGAGGACUGCGCGGUGCAGGGGCGGUCGCUGGCGGAGGGGCCGCUGAGGGGCCCGGAUAGGUCCAAGCUGUGAGUGAACGCGACACGACUGGCGCGAGUAGUGACGGGAGCCGCCCGACCACCGAGGCCGGCCCCGGACAAAGUCAGCGGACGAGAUCGCGACGCGCUUGUAACAUACGACGCAUUUGCAUUC